AUGGGGAAGCAAUGGAAGACCAAAUAUUCCAAGCUGAUUUUCAGAAAAUCUGAUACAAUACCUGACGAGCUCCAUCAAAUAGUACAAGAAAGCUUUCUGACCUUACGAAAACAUGAUUGUUUCUUUCAAGAUCUUGUAAGGAUCAAAGGAAAAGAUUUUCUUACCCCAGUGUCUCGUAUAUUAAUUGGAAACCCGGGAUGCACUUACAAGUACUUAAACACAAGAUUAUUUACAGUUCCUUGGCCUACUGAAGGUUAUGAUAUAAAAUAUUGCAGUCCUCAAAUACAUGAUGCUUGUAAAGCAUUAAUCAGACUUAAUGAGUACUUGCAUAUUGAAGCAGUCAAGGCAUUACAAGGACAAAAUUUCCUUGAGGCCAAAGGAAUUAAAGAUACUACUGUAAUAGAUAGGGAGCAAAAUUUUGCUACUUCUCUUAUGGAGAAAGAGUCUGUUUCAAAGGAUCCAAGCAGUUGUAGCGUACCAGAGGAUGAAUACAUAAGUCUAGAGAACAGAACAUCAUACAAUGUGACUUUAUUAAAUUAUAUGGAUCCACUACAAAUGUUGUGCUUGAAGCAAGAACCUUAUUUUGGAAUGGGGAACAUGGCAGUGAGCUGGCACCAUGAUGAGAAUCUGGUUGAAAGGUCAACAGUUGCUGUGUACAGUUACAGCUGUGAAGGUCCAGCCAUGGAAGAAAGUAAUGAAGAAAAGCUGAAGGGAAGAGACCCAGCUGUUUGGCACGUAGGCUUGAAGGUGGCAUGGGACAUAGAGACACCUGGAUUAGCAAUACCACUUCACCAAGGAGACUGCUACUUGAUGCUUGAUGAUCUCAACAUGACACAUCAGCACUGUGUUCUGGCUGGUUUUCCACCUCGAUUCAGUUCAACUCACCGAGUGGCAGAUUGUGCAAGAGGAACAUUGGAAUACAUAUUUGGGCGAUGUGAAUUGGCACUCCAGAAUUUACAGACUGAUUCUGAUUCAGUGGCUUUAUCUUUGAAAUCACUGGAAACUGCAGUUGUAAAGCAAGUAGAAGAAAUACAUAAUGAGGUUGAAUUUGAGUGGCUUAGGCAGUUCUGGUUUCAGGGCAAGCGGUAUUUGAAGUGCACUGAUUGGUGGCUUAAGCCUAUGGCUAAAUUGGAAGAAUUCUGGAGAAAAAUGGAGAUUAUGACAAGGCUAGUCCUCUCUGAAGUUCGAAAAGAGGAACAAAUUGAGGAACAAAGGAAGGAAACUAUCAGCUGCAUCAUGCAAAUUCUUAUUGAGCGACAAAAGCUACGGAAAGAAUGGACAGAAAGAUGCCAGUCAGAAGCAGCAGAGAGCUUGCCAGAAGACCAAAAACCAGAAUGCCAUCCCUUCUGGACAGAUGAUGAAUGUAAUAUGCCUCUGCCAUAUGAUCUUGAAGAAGUAAUUGCUGAUCUACAAAACCUUGUUCAGUGGGUGGAAUAG